AUGAGGGAUAUAAAAAUAGACUGCGGCUACGACGAUGAUACCAGACUCUGUUUCAGCGUGGAUAACAAAAAGGUCUUGCAGAUAAAGCGCCUAAAGUGGAAAUUCAGAGGAAAUGAGAGAAUUGAAGUCGAUGGAGUGCCCGUACAUAUCUCGUGGGACGUGCACAACUGGUUGUUCGAGAAAGACAACGAAGAUGGGCGUGCUGUUUUCAUGUUCAGGUUUGAAGAAGAAGAAGAACAAGAAGAAAAAGACAAGGAGGUGAAUUCUUUGAAUGAGAAGAAUGGGAUGGCUUUGUGGGAGCAACAGAGCUGGGGUUAUGGGUUGAGUAGGGUCGAGUGGAGGAAGAGCUUGUCGUCAUCGUCGACAUCAAUGUCUUCAUCGGCGGGAUCAUCGGGAGGAAGUUCGGUUCUGGAGUGGGCUAACGCGGAGGAGACUGAGUUAGGCGGUCCAUCUGGGUUUUCUUUGGUUGUUUAUGCUUGGAAGAGGUGA